ACCCCUCACAUUUCGAUCAAGUGCGCGACCCACUUGAUCUUGUUCGGAAACAAAACGGUCAAGAGAUCCAUUGCGUUCCCAAUUUCCCUGAGCUUGAAAGUCUUUUGUAUGUAGGGGUAUCCAAACUCUUAGGCAGGUACCGGUAGCUACCCAUUGAUACCCUUCUAGUAGAACAACAACAACCAACAAACAAGCAAACAUGGAGAAGGACGACAAGAUACGAGAUCAGCAAGAAAAGACCAAGAAGUACGGUAUCUUGAUGGUGAUUGGAUUUGUGGUGGUCUGUGGGAUGCAUUCGAUGAAAGGACGGCAAGGCGCUAUUGUGGUCCCACCACCGACCGACAGCACCAGCAUUCGACGGGAAACAGUGGAAACGCCAAUGAUUCCUGAAAAACCUGCCGCCACAGCACCUGCUGUGCGAGAUCUUCGGGCGGAUUUGGGAGCACUGGAAACCUUGGAACGAAGAGUCCACCUCCUCGAUGAAGAAGUCCGAGCGAUUAAGAAAACCGGGGUCAUUAUGGAAACCGAUCCGACGUCUCUGCAAAAGACGGGUGAAUUAAAAGAUCUCACGCGCAAUCUACUCAAACUCAAAUAUGGAGAUCAUCCGGCCUAUCGAGUCAAGGUGGAUCUGGAAUUUCAACCCUCCAUUCCGGAUUUUGCCGAAAAGGGACCCGAUGGGACGAUCGUAAUAGAAAUGGCACCGAUUGAGUAUCAACCGGUAUCUGUAUACAACUUUUUGGAAAUUGCGCGAACAUGGAUCAGAGGCAGUUUUCAUAGGAAUGCUGGACAUGUGCUCCAAGUCAUGACGGUCAGUGGAAUCACCAAACAUUUGCCCUUUCAAGAAUAUUCCAAAGAAUUUCCACACAAAAAGGGAACCGCGGGAUAUUGUGGACGACCGUCGGGGCCGUGUUGGUAUGUAUCCAUUAUGGAUAAUACCAUCAAUCAUGGCCCUGGUUCACAACAGCAAAAGAACCCGUAUGAAGCAGAUGCCAAUUUCGGAACGAUCGUUCAAGGUAUGGAAGACGUGGUGCCACGCAUUCAUACGGUUCCCCAGAAAGGAUGGUUAGACCAACAGAACCAAGUCAAAAUCAUACGAAAGACUGUGCUCAUACCUGAUGGACAAGGUGGAUUCAAACCAUGGGUAGAUUGGACACAAGACGCCAAAAAGGCCAUUCAAUAAAAGCAACAACAAGCAAGCAAACAACAAACAACAAUCUAGGCAAUUUGUAGUAAGAGAUCCCUGCAGUUUCAGUGGUUGGUUGUUCGUACGGUAGCUCUCUGUCUUUGGAAAGCAAACAUGACAAUCUUUUUUCGAUGCCGCUAGUGACGGACACACAGUCGUGAUUCUUGUGCAGCCAGCCGGUUAGCACCGAGCUCGGAAGUCUUCGAUUCCUUACCUAGCUAGAUUCACAUACAUGUAGAAAAGAGUACGCUUAUUAUU